UUUAGCUAAAGCCGAGUGUGAUUAUGUCAGAUUUCAAAAUAAGAGAAGUCACUGGUGACUUAUUUUCGGCUGGUCCCGAGUAUUCCAUGUGUCAUUGCGUUGCCGCCGAUUUACGGAUGGGCAAAGGCAUUGCCGUCAAGUUUCGAAAUAAAUUUGGCAAAGUUGCCGAAUUGGAAAAACAAAAUGUGAAACCAGGCGGUGUGGCUGUAUUGGAGUCUAAUGGACGCUACAUUUACUAUUUGAUAACCAAGCAACAGAGCUGGGGCAAACCUACCUAUCAGCUGCUGCACAGCUCCUUGAGCGCCAUGCAACAGCAUAUGGCUAAACACAAUGUGACCAGGCUGGCUUUGCCAAGGAUUGGCUGCGGUUUGGAUGGUCUUAACUGGACUAAAGUAAGGGACAUGCUGGCUGAAGUGUUUCAAGCAGAUGCUACUGAAUUGACAGUCUAUAAUUAUGCAGCAGCAAAUAAAUAGAGGAACUGUUUGUGAACAAUA